AUGUCAGACCCCACCCCCGACAACCACUGCCUGCUACAGGGCUUUGAAUGGAACGUCCCAGCCGACCAGAAGCACUGGAUCCGACUGAAGAAUGUGAUGGACGAGCUAAAGACCACCGGCAUCGACAACGUCUGGCUCCCGCCGGCGUGCAAGGGCAGUGGAGGCCUCGAGGCUAACGGGUACGACGUCUACGACAUCUACGACGUGGGCGAGUUUGAGCAGAAAGGGUCCAAGUCGACGAAAUGGGGCCCUAGAGAGGAUUUGGACCAGUUGGUCCAGAAGGCGCAGGAGGUUGGGGUUGGGUUGUACUUCGACGCCGUGCUGAAUCACAAGGCUGGCGCGGAUCAUAAGGAGAAAUGUCGAGUCGUCGAGGUUGAUCAGUCUGAUCGCACUAAAGAAAUCGGCGAACCCUUUGAAAUGGAAGCCUGGCUCGGGUUCGACUUCCCCGGCCGCGGCGACAAAUACUCGGCGCAAAAGUACCACUGGGAGCAUUUCUCAGGGACGGACUACGAUGCAGGAACCGGGCGAACGGGGAUUUUCCGCAUCCUAGGCGACCACAAGCACUGGUCGUUCAGUGUCGGGGACGAAUCCGGCAACGCAGACUUCCUGAUGUUCGCGGACGUCGACUACGCGCACCCAGAGGUGGCGCACGACGUGAUCAACUGGGGCGAGUGGGUGGUGCGCGAGUUCAAACUGACCGGCUUCCGCUUCGACGCGUGCCAGCACUUCUCGGAGCGGUGGACCAACGACUUCGUCAACAACCUCGAGCAGAAGUUCGGCAAGAACUCGUUGUUUCUGGUCGGCGAGUUCUGGACCGGCGAGGUCGGCCCCAUGCUCGAAUACCUCGAGCAGAUGCACCACAAGUUCAGCCUGUACGACUCGCCGCUGCUCAACAACUUCGCGCGGCUGUCGACCGCGGAGAGCGCCGACCUGCGCAAAGUCUUCGACCAGAGUCUCGUCCAGGCCCGGCCCGACUGCGCCGUCACCGUGGUCAUGAACCAUGACACCCAGCCGGGCCAGACCAUGGCGACUCCCAUCGAGGGCUUCUUCAAACCGCUGGCGUAUGCGCUGAUCCUGCUCCGCCACGAAGGAUAUCCGUGUGUCUUCUACGGCGAUCUGUACGGCAUGCAGGGCGAACAUCCGGAACCGCCGUCCUGUGGAGGGAAGUUGCCGCAGCUGGUUCUGGCGCGGAAGCUGUUCGCGUAUGGUGAGCAGAACGACUAUUUCGAGGAUGAUGCCAAUUGUUUGGGGUUUGUGCGGCGAGGCACGCACGACCGCAAGGAUGGCCUGGCUUGUGUCUUGUCCAAUGCCGCCCCGGGCCAGAAGAGGAUGUUUGUCGGUAAAGAACAUGUCGGCGAGGUGUGGACUGAUGUCCUGGGCUGGCAGCCUGACGAGGUCAAGAUUCAGGACGAUGGCUUCGGCGAGUUCAUGUGUCCUGGCACGAGCGUUAGCGUUUGGGUCAAUAAGGAGGCGGAAGGUCGGCAGAAGAUCGAUCAGUUGCAGUUUGAUGCGGAUAUCUAUGCGGGGGCUUGA